AUGAUAGCACAAAUAUCAGCGAAAGCGCAUAAAGAGCACAGUCUGCUCGCAUAUCCCGAUCUCGUCAACUACCAUCUACCGAUUUAUCAGCAGCAGACAAUGUCCACCACUCCGCCUAUCAAACGAGACCCCUCCUGGACGUUCGACCAACUCAAGAUAAAGUACGACAUCCUCUGGAACGCGUACUCUGGUCAUUACAUGCCCCUUGAUGAUGACAAGAGUGAAGAGGAUAAGAAGAGGAUUGCCGAGCUUGAGACUUCGCUACAGGAGCUUCAGAAGAAGUAUGACGCCAAGCUUGAGGAGCAGAAGGAGAGCAAGGCGCAGAGCGAGUCAUCGAAUAAGGUGCAUGACCCAUACAUCGAUAACGACGUCAACCUCUAA